AUGGAAUCUGCCGCCGUGGCCAUCGUGACGGUGCCGUUCCCGGCGCAGGGCCACCUGAACCAGCUGCUGCACCUAUCCCUGCUCCUCGUUGCGCAGGGGCUCCCCGUCCACUUCGCCGCGCUGGAGCCGCACCUCAGGGAGGCUCGCGCGUGCCUGCACGGCUGGGGCCCUGGCCCCGACGCCGCCCUCCCCGUGGCGGUGCGCUUCCGCGUGCUGGACGUCCCCGCGCGCGAAUCCCCCGCCCCGGACCCGCGCUCCCCGUUCCCGGCGCACAGGCAACCGCUCUUCGAGGCCUACUGCGGCGGCGCGCGGGCCCCGCUGGCCGCGCUCCUGGCGGAGCUCGCCGCAACGCACCGCCGCGUCGUCGUCCUCCACGACCGCAUGGCGGCAUUCGCGGCGGCCGAGGCCGCGCGCCUGCCCAACACCGAGUCCCUCGGCGUGCACUGCCUCGCCGCCUCCUACAACGUCGGGUGGGCGGACCGGGAGCACGCCCUGCUGCGCCACCACGGCCUCGUCUUCCACCCGCCCGACGCCGCCGCCCUCCGUGCGUGGCUUAAGCCUGCAAAGCACGGUAAAAUGUGGGCCUCUAAAAUGGAUGUUGGAUAG